AUGAGAAGUUUGAUCCCGGUGAAGAGGUCGCGUUGUCAGGUUGAUUCUGUAACAGUCCCGGACUUACCCAUAUCCGCGGUUGCGGUUGAUCCGGUAUCGAAUGCGACUCUCGUGACGUUGGGACCUACGGAGGACGGUCCCUCGAUAGAGUUGAAGCGUGUUCGAGAUGGAUUCGCCGAGGAUGUUGUAUCUUGGGACGCGCCUUCUCCAUUACCAGAUCUCGCCACGGAUCAGGUUCUUUCGCUACGGUAUCUCUCAGACCUGGCCACCUCGUGUGUGGUAUUGCGAGGUGGUGAUAUUAUCCUCAUCCGAGACGAACCAAUGGAAGGCGAAGAUAAGAUCGAAAUCGUUGGCUCUGUGGACGCCGGUAUCCUUGCAGCAGAGUGGUCCCCAGACGAAGAGGUCCUUGCUCUUGUGACAGGCGCUUCCACCUUCUUGCUCAUGACGAAGACCUUCGAAAGUAUCGCAGAAGUCUCCCUGACCCAAGAAGAUAUCACCAACUCCUCAAAUCACGUCUCGGUCGGUUGGGGAAAGUCCGAGACACAGUUUCGCGGUAAGCGUGCCAAGGCAUCCCUACGCGACCCUACAUUGCCAGACAAGAUCGACGAAGGCGUCCUCAGCCAUAAAGACGACGGACGAACCUGGAUCAAUUGGAGAGGAGAUGGAAGCUAUGUCGCGAUCAACAGGAUUGAAGAAGGCCCAAGGCGAGCCAUCAGGGUUUACACCAGAGAGGGAUCAUUGGACAGCGUCAGUAUCGCCGUAGAUGGCAUGGAGGGAGUUUUGAGCUGGAAACCUACAGGCCAAGUCAUAGCCUCCACUCAGCGAUCUGAUACCGGGGUUGAUGUCAUAUUCUUCGAACGAAACGGUCUUCGUCAUGGAGAGUUCUCCCUCCGCAUGGCCGAGGGUGAUGAUGAUGUCGUUCAGCAACUCAAAUGGAACACUGAUUCGUCCAUUCUUGCCGUGUGUUUCUCGUCCAAAGUUCAACUCUGGACGACAAACAACUUCUACUGGUACCUGAAGCAGGAGAUUCCCUGUCUUAACGGAUACACCGCUGUUGACUGGCAUCAGGAGAAACCCACUGUGCUCUUUGUAGCUGCCUCUGGCGUUCUUGAGGUGCACGAGUUCACAUUCGCUGUCCUUGCUGGCAGUACGUCUCCUCCGUACGAUUUUGGAUCAACAGCUGUGGUCGACGGGAAGAAUCUCAAACUCACCCCCCUUCGAGUUGCGAACGUCCCGCCACCUAUGGCUUUCCGCGAGGUGGAAUUGCAAUCUACACCUACACAUGUUUCGUUUGGUUACUCUAGCACUGUCAUAGCUGUUCUGCGGAACGCAUCCGUUGAUAUCAUCGAGUGGCCGCUUACGAUAAACCAAUAUUCCCUGCCUCAAAUAAUCGGAUCAGUCGACCUCGCAUCACAUUAUGCGGACACGCAACCACGGCAGAUCGUCCUGCUUGGGGAGAGGGCGAUAGCCGUCAUUUCCGAUCAAGCAAAUCAGUCGGUAAUCAAGAUCUUUCAGAUCACGCCGAGCUUUGAAGCGGAGCAGUUAUGGGAGACUAUCACCGAUCAGCAGGUACUUCUCGCCGGCUCCUCUGAAGAUGGAACAACGCUCUAUUACGAACUUCAAGACAACGCUGUUCAUAGGAUUGAUAAUGCAGUGACUGAAGAAAGGAGCUCGGAACGUUUAGUAAAGCUUCCGGGAAGAUGCACACGCUUUGAGGCGGUGAAGACAGCUGAUCAUGCCGUCGUUUUUGCUCUGAGCGGAAACGGUAAGCUUUUUGCCAACGAUCGUCUUCUUUCAUCGUCCUGUACUUCUUUUGUCGUAACACCAACACAUCUCGUCUUCUCAACAGUACAGCAUACGCUCAAGUUUGUCCUGUUAGGACAAGCAGCAGCAGAUCUCGCUGUGCCUGCCGAUGAUGCACCGGCGUCGGAUGAACGACUGCGCAGUAUCGAGCGUGGAAGCCGAAUCGUGCAAGUCAUGCCAUCAACCGUCGCCCUCGUUCUCCAGCAUCACCGCGGUAACCUUGAGACGGUAUACCCGCGAGCUUUGGUGCUGGCGGGCGUUCGCGACAACAUUGACCGCAAGGAUUACCACUCCGCGUUCAUGGCUUGUCGAACUCAUCGCAUCGAUAUGAACAUCUUGUAUGACUACGCACCUGUUCAAUUCCUUGAGAACGUGAAGUUGUUUAUUACGCAGCUUGGCAAAAGUGAACACCUUGACCUGGUGUUGUCUGGUCUUAGCGAAGAAGACGUAACGCAAACUUUAUAUCGGUUGACUGAUGUCACUUCAGGCGCAUUGCCAGCGGAGCAAUCGAAGCCCGCAAAGGGCAAAGUCACUGCCAUUUGUGAUGCGGUUUUGGCAGUCCUUGCUGCCGACUUCGCGGACACGCACGUCAAGUCAAUGCUCACUUGCCAUUUGAGUAAGGUCAUCCCCGAUAGGGAAGCCGCUUUACUUCUUGUGAAGGACCUCAAGGACAAGAACUCCGGUCUGUUGGAUGAGGCCGUGGAGCAUAUCACUUUCCUGGCAGACGUGAACAAGCUGUACAAUGACGCUCUUGGGCUGUACGAUCUUGGUCUGACCCUACUGAUUGCUCAACAAUCGCAGAAAGAUCCCCGCGAAUACAUGCCAUUCUUACAAAGGCUUCAUGCGCUGACAGAAGUCCGACGAAAGUUUGUCAUCGAUGAUCAUCUUUCAAGAUUCGCAAAAGCUCUUGUACAUCUCAACGUGCUAGGCGAUGAUACGUUUGAUGAGGUCUCUGAUUAUGUUGUCAAACACGCACUAUACACAACGGCUUUGGACAUUGUGAAGUAUCACCGAACGAAAUACGAUGUGAUACUUCGCAAAUACGCGGAACACCUGCUUCACAUCAAGAAGCCAGAUCAGGCCGGUCUUGCUUUCGAAAUGGUACGUGACGAACGAGCCGCGAUGGACGCAUAUCGCCAGGCAGGUAUGUGGAAGGAGGCAAUGUCUCUUGCGGUCGUUCUCGGUGAACAACCCGCUGCUAUCAAGUAUCUCGCUGAGGCCAUGAUCCCCUUGUUGGUCGAAAAGCGUCGUUAUCUCGAAGCGGCUACUGUAUACGUAGAGUAUAUGCAGAAAGUUGAUGAGGCAGCGAAAAUCCUCUGCAAAGGAUACGCUUAUGCCGAAGCAAUACGGCUUGUUACCUCACACGAUCAGCUUGAUUUGCUCGAGAGUCUGAUUAAGCCUGCGAUGAUAGAAGGGUUUGUUCAGUUGUCAGAGCUGCUAGCUGACUGUAAGCGUCAACUGAAUGCUCAAUUGCCGCGUCUUCGAGAGCUGAGAAUCAAGAAGAAAGAAGAUCCUCAGGCAUUUUUUGAGGGCAUCCAGGAAGAAGACAUCCCUGAUAACAUGUCUGUUGCAGCGACGGAUGUGUCGACCAAUCUCUCCCUUUUUACACGUUACUCUACCAAAACUGGUACGACGGCCAAGACUGGGAAGACUGGCAAUACGACAGCGUCAACGCGUGCGAAACACAAGCGCCGUGAAGAACGGAAACGUGCCCGCGGUAAGAAGGGUAGUGUAUACGAGGAGGAGUACCUUCUGAAUUCAAUCCGUCGGUUGAUUGAUCGCGUGAACGAUGCACGCAAUGAUGCCACGUCCCUCGUUGUAGGGCUCGCACGUUUCAAUCUUAGGGAGCAGGCCGGUGAGGUGCAGCGCCUUAUAGUCGCGCUUAUUGAGGAGCUCCGCGACUGCCUGGACGAAGUAUUCUCGGAGCCGCUGCUCGUUGUUUCCUCUGACCCCGAGAAAGAUCAGCUUGAGCUGGCAGAUAUUACCGCACCUGUUGUGGCAGCAUUUCAGCAACUUUCUGUCUUGCAACUGGGUGUUUAGAAUUUUGCAUUAGGAG